GUUGCUGUGUUUCAGCUGCUCUGCACCUCCGGCGGCUGCGUCCUUCCGUUCAGGUGAGUCUGGAGUUUACCUGCUGCUGCAGGUCGAGUCCCGGGAAACCUCUAAAGCCAAAGCUCCGAGUCUCCGGGCCGCACGACGACGCGAGGGGGAUUAAAGGUUCAGCUUAAAGCAGAGGAGAAUCGUCUGUUUUAGUCCGAGGUCAGCGUGGGAACAGCUGGCACACGGCGUGGACGCGGGGAGUUGCUGUCGUGUCUUGCGUAAAAUGCGCGCUGGAGAGGGAGGCGAGGGACGGUGAGAGCCGAGGGAAAGCGGAGCGCUUCGUGAAAGAAGAGGAGAGGAACUGUUGAUGUUUUUUUUUUUUUUUGUUUGUUUGUUUGUUUGUUUUUCCUUUCCUCGGAUUGGUUGUUGAGGGAACACUAGCGGGAUCUCCACGCCAGGUUUCUGCUGGAAACGACCCGCUUUCAAAGUCUUCACCGGAGCUUUUCCGGUGAACUCCGACGCAUCGCUGGCUCCUGAAACAGGUCCCAGAGAGUCUCAUCCUUGCCAAAGUCACCAGGAAGCUACGAGGCACAGAGUUCAGAAGUCACAGUGGUGGAGUUCUACUUUUAAUUAAAGGUGAUGCAAACUCCUUUCAAAUGAAAAGACGUCUUGCACUGUCUGAACUCCCAUAGAGCUUUUUUUUUUUUUUUUUUAAAAGACUUGCAUUCAGCUAUCAAGGAUUUCUUUCCCCGAACUGUUGGCUCCAUCGUUUGGAUGUAAAUAAACAUUCAGAGCCGAUGCUGAGGAGUUGAAAUGUUGCCUUUACUUUAAGGUCUGAAACACCGCCUGGAAGAGUGUUUCUGCCAUUAUUGAGACCCGAAUAAAGAUCAGUGCUCCUUGACCUAAUGGUCAAUUUUCUCCUUGGGCUGUUUGUUCUUUACGCUCUGGAGUUUUUUCUAGUCAAAGCUUCUGGGUUUCCUUCUCAAGCACAUCUUUUAUUUUUCAUAAGGACAACGUUAUUAGCCAAUUUUGCUCAAAAUAACUCGCCAGGAGGAAGAGGAGGGAACCAAAGCCACAGUAGGGCAGAUGGCUUUUGUGCUCCAAAACAAAAUUCAGCGGCUGGAUGAAUAAAACAUUUGAAGAGGGAAAUAUUUGUGACAUCUGGAAGUGAGGAACUUUGAGGACCACUCUGCUUGCUGUCCUCACAUUUCUGUCCCUCUGUGGACUCAGGAGUUCAGCUGGUCAGUCAAACAGACAGAAACAAGUCAGCUCUCCGGCUUGUGUCUCCUUUUUCUCCUUUGUUCCACCUUGCUGUACCCCGGGCACUGCUUAUCCCCAUCCUGCUCCCAUCUUCUCUGCCCUCCGGCUCUCCGUCUCCAGCUUGGCGUGUGAUGGUGCAUUCCCUCCUCUCGUCUCUGGAGACAUGCCUGUACAGGAGAUGGCGGUGAGUCCUGUCAAGUCCCUGCACUGGGAGCAAUUCCCCCCCAUGUCGCAGCACCGUGUCUACUGCACGCCUGUCUACCAUGAGGGCCUGCUCUACGUGCUCGGGGGCUGCAGCGAGACCGGCAUGCCCCUGGACAGCGUGGAAGUCCUGGAUGUUGAGAGCCAGACGUGGAGCCAGCUGCCCCCGCUCACCACUGCGCGGGCGGGGGCUUCAGCCGUGGCUCUUGGGGGACAAGUGAUGGUGCUCGGAGGAAUGAACCAGCAACAGACCCCGCUGGCCUCUGUGGAAAUGUACCACCCUGACGAGGGCAAGUGGGAGACGAAGGCCAGUCUAGGUCAGCCUUCCAUGGGAGUCACCGCCGUGGAGAGAGAUGGGAAGGUGUUCGCCCUGGGCGGGAUGGGAGCAGACACAACACCUCAGGCUUUUGUUAAAGUCUAUGAAGCACAGAAGGAUCAGUGGCAGGCCACCACCUCCAUGCCCACGCCACGCUACGGAGCCACGCCCUUCGUAAUAGGAAACAAAAUUUACGUGAUGGGUGGACGUCAGGGAAAGAUGCCAGUAACGGCACUGGAGGCUUUCGACCUGGAGAUGAAGAGCUGGACUCGGUACCCCUGCAUCCCCAGCCGGAGGGCGUUCUCGUGCUGCGCUGCCAACGAGCGCAGCCUGUUCAGCCUGGGUGGGCUCCAGCAGCCGGGGCCUCACAAUUUCUACUCCCGACCUCACUUUGUCAGCACUACAGAGGAGUUUGACCUGGAUCAAGGUGUUUGGAUAAAACCCAGCCGAACAUCCAGGAUGCGGGAAAAGAGGGCGGACUUUGUGGCAGGAUGCCUUGGAGGAAGAGUCAUCGUAGCUGGUGGUCUGGGUAAUGAGCCAUCGCCCUUGGGCUCAGUGGAGAGCUACAACCCAGUGAAGCGGCGCUGGGAGUAUGUGGCCCCCAUGCCCACUGCACGAUGCUCUUCUGCUCUGCUGCAGACGACCAGCAUCCUCUUUGUGAUUGGAGGAGUUGCCCAGGGACCCAGUAACGCUGUGGAAGCCCUCUGCUUACAGGAAACAGUGUGAUGCAGGCACAAAACCCCCUGAAAUUAAUGUAAACCGGCACCAAUAUCUUCUUCACUCUAGAACAUGUAGGAGUUGGAUCGCACUCGGAUGCUUUCUUACUUUGAUCGGCAACAAUUGAUUCCACUUAAACACUGGGAUGUCAACAAUUUGUUUUGGCAUUGAAGAAGUGUUUUCAGAGCCGGACCGUGAAGCAGAUUGCUGUGACUGGCAAAGACAGGAAACUGAGCGAGAGAAAAUUGAGCCAAACAACAAACCGACACAGACCCGGUUUCUGAAGAAACAACCCGGCUUUGAACUGUUGAGCAUUUUUCAGAAUAAAAGCAGGGUACUUUUCUGGAUACUCAAAGGAACAUAGGGCCAUAUCUGAAACUUUUCUUAGCAGCAGCGCUGUGCUCUGCUUUCAUGGCAACAGCUCACUCCGACUCUUUUCUAGAACCUCAGAGGCAGCACUUGGUUGAGUUGUAGAUGGUGGCAUUCAGAGAGUGUGGAUGUCUGUUGUGGUUCUUUGUUCUGUUAGAGUGUUGUAAGUGUGAACGCAAACGCUGCUAACAAUCUCUACAACGGCAUCAACGACGAUGCUUCCUUACAUGCCUUCACACCACAAGCGAGUCAAAGGCCUGCCAGUCAGAAAAAAUAUCCACUUUGUUCCCACAGGGGCCCCAUCUUGCGCGCAAUCACACUUUCCUUGAUUGAGGAAACAGUGAUUGUGGGUAAGCUUGUCAGCACUUUGCUUCGCCUCACAUCUCUCCAUCUCUACACCACACCAAUCAAUCACAGAACUCCAACCAACACUCACAUUGCAGUGCAGGGAUGAUUUGGCUUGGGGGAGUGAAUGUAGAGCUACCUGCUGCACUGAAGCAUCCUGGGAAAUCAGCUUUCUGUCACAUGAUGGGGUAUUUUCUCUUUAACGUUGACAGUUCACUUUAUUACAUAUGUCAGCUUGAUGUCAGUGAGAUGAUGGAUGUGGAUGUUUUAAGGUAAUCAUACCAGAGUUUACUAAGAAUACACUGACACAAAGACAAAAUCGUACAAUAUGUUGAAGUUAGGACGCUAUUUUAAUCUAUGAUUUUUUUUUUUUUAAACUCUUGAAGUUUUUAUUGUUUCAAGGCAUUUCUACAAGUCCUCCUGCUGGGAUUGCCAAAUAAAAUGCUUGUAUUUCAGGGGUCCAACCGAUACAAGCAAAACGUAGUGGAUCAUUGAUGCUGUCUUAGGAAUUAAGAGUAAAAGUAGCAGUCAGCCUCUUCAAGUCAAAAGCAUAUUAGCAUUUUUCCUUUCUGAAGCAUUUAGGUGUUUGGUAACACAAUGUCAAGCAGGAAAGAGACACACAGUGUUGGUGCAGUGCUUAAGCGUUAGCAGAUGUAAUGUUUCUGUUUAAAUUCCUUAGGUUUAGCGCAACUCAUGGUCUUGGCUUUUAGGUUGAGUUAGUGGUAAAUUUUUUAUGUUUGUACAUGAAGCAGAGUUAGAAUAACUGUUUAAUUGUAUCAGUGAAGGUUAAGUGAAAGGCUUUUAAAAUUUCACAGAAAUAAUCAAGGCACGUGGUUUUAUUCAAGUUGGCUAAUAAGUUAAUUAAGUCAUGCGUCGCUGCUGAUGUUCACCAUUAUUAUUUUAGCAGGCUUUCUACUUCCCUUACUGGGAGGAUUGUUCUAGAAAGCACUCAAAUUGUCAGUGAGGAGCUUCUCCGUUUUCACCCAAUGCACUAUAAAACAGCAGUCUGUCUGCUGGUUCAGGGGAGCAAAAAAAAAAAAAAAAAAAAAAGGCAAUUUGCAUUAUAAAGCUGAGUCAAUAUCAUGUAAAACAUGUAAAAACUCCUGUUUUCAUCACAGUUGGAGUCAGUUUAGCUCUGUAGGUGAAAUUUGUUUCAGUUCAUUGCUGCCUGGAGAAAGUUUAAUUGAAAUUAUCAGGUUAUUAGGAGGCAUGUUAGAACAAAGACACUUGGAAAUUAAAGCUGAUUUUGGCUAGCUUUAAAGAGAAUUCACAGAUAAUACUUAACUUUAACAGUCUAACACAAAAUGAAAGUUGAGCCACACCCACUUAUCUCCCUCUAAGGAGUUCCAUUUAUUAAGUAAAAUCAAAUGAUUUGGCAAAAUGACUCCAAAUCAUUUAGAUGCAUUACACAAGGAGAGAGCUGCCUCUGGCCAUCGUUAAAAGAGUUUUGUCUUUGUGUUGAACACACGCUCUCCCUGUUCACCGUCUCGUCCAGCUCGCAGGUUUUUCUUGCCUGUUUGGUGACCGACCUCACUAACAGAGUCAGACAUCUACUGCUGUUGCAAAGCUCAGAUAAAAUACCAGCUGACAAGCCGGUUAUUUCUGGCGCUGCACUCCAUGCUCCUAAUUGGACGCGUUAGGCGCGAGUCACCACGUAUACAUCCUUUACUCUGCUGUCCAUACAGGGAACGGAGCCUGGAUGAAUGCAUUCUGAUCCAUUUCACCACAUAUUCAGGUUUAUCUUCUAUUUGUUUCACAGAUUUAACUAAACCUGCAGCAGACUGGCGACCUGCCCACGGUGUACCCCGCCUCUCGCCCGGAACACAGCUGGAGAUAGGCACCAGCAACCCUCCCGACCCCGUUAGAGACGAAGGGUGUUCAGACAAUGGAUGGAUGGAUGGAUUUAACCAAACUUAAUUAAGACCCAGGCACUGUUUUCAUUUUACUUCCUCUGUGGUCUUGUGACUUCCUUCUGAAGUUCACACAUGAUAAAAGCAAAUUAUACCUCAGAUAGAUACAUUUUAAAAAUAGCAGGUUUGUAUUGAAUACAACAUCAAAUCUGGACUACAUAAGAUCAAACAUUCGCCUGCACAUCUCACGAUAUGGUUAAUUUUCUCCAGACCCACCUUACUGUUUGCCUACAAUCAAAAGAGGACACCCAAAAUAAAAGAGUGUAACCUCUUAAAUUUGCAGAUUUGUGCCUUGCACAUUUAUAUUUACUUACAUUAGGUAACCCACAAAUAGCAAAAGUGUUAGGAAGUAAAAUAACACAGCAUAUAUAAAGACUCGGGCUGUGUGGGAUUUAAUUGAUAUUUCAAUGCCUCCCUCUUCCUCUGAGAGCCUGUCACAUUAAAAUAAUCCUCGACAUAUAAAAAAUUAAAUGAAUUAAUUAGCAACAUUGAGGCAGCUGAACUAGUUGCAGGCAAAGUUUGGCAGCAGCUGCCUUUAACAAACAGACAAGGUGCAACAUUACACUUCAUUUUUAGUGACGUUGCUGGCAGCCUGUGGCUCAACCUGGGUAAACUGUGACUCUUUAGUGACUAAAUGUUCUGCAACCUGACCCUUGAGUUGUUUGGUGUUAAACAGGUCGUAAACAGUUUAGGUGUGAGAGAUUUAGGCCAAAGGGUAUGGGGAGAACAGCAGUCAGUCCAGGUCACGUUUAUGUAAUGUUUUGCACAGGCAGAUUUAAUAUUACAAAUCUGUCCCAAUGGUCCUUUGAAUCUGUGUAUAAUAGACGUUCCUCUGAGCUUAAAGAAUCCAAUGAAGAUCAAUUAUGUCUUGAUCACACAGGAGGAUUUUAAAAUGAUUGGCUGAUGAAGACAAACACAUGACGAUAGAAAAUCUACGGUACAACAGUUUUGGUUGUACAGUGUGUGAAUCUGCCGCUAUAGAAAUAAAAUGAACUGAAUGUUUUGAGGUGCUGACUUGCCCUCCAGAUUCUUCAGCUCUUAAUCCAGUUGAGCUUCUGUAAGAAGUGCUGGACACGUAAAUCUGAUUCAACGAAUUUACAGGCCUUGAAGGAUCCACUGCUGUCUUUUCGGAAAUUCAGUGGUUCAAAAAAGCAGAUUUAAAGUAUGCUACUGUACAUAUCAGGAAUGGCAUCUGAGGUUUGUGUGUAAUAGAGUACCUGAUUCUGUAGAGAUAAGGGAAACUGGAUCUUUUAAGUUUCUGCUAAUGCGAAUUACAAAGGAAAUUUUAGUGUUUUAGAUCUGAAGACAAGCAAUAACAACGUUCCCAGCUGCUUACUUUCUGAAUUUAAUGGACAAUCUAAGCAGCCCCUCUCUUAUUUGAAAUGUGAAACAGACAGUAUAAAGCUGGUACUUUGAUUUAUUGAAAGGACACACACAUGGUGGGUCAUCAAAGCCCGGGAUCACAGCAUGGGAGGACUACAUUAUGAUCAAAGCCAAUUCAAGGGGCUUAUUUUAAACCAAAGAAAUGAAUUAUUUACAGUUGGUAAAUGUGUGUAAAAAUACCUCUUACAGCACAGGCCGCACACAGCUUUAAAAUAGAAAACAUUAAGCUGUGCAGCUUUGGCUCAUGCACACUGAGCAUAAGAGUACCUACAUCCAGAAUUUAUGUGCGUCUGUCAUUGUGUCACCUUGUGGAUAUGUGGCUGUUCUUAUGGUUCUGCGUGGGCGCAUGAAUGCAAAUCUACACACACCACGAGAGGUCUGCAGGAUCCGUACGGCCCUCCGUUACAGGGAUUCUGUCUCUCUAGUUCUAGUUCUCAUCCGACGGCCUGGAGGUUUGCCAGAGCCAACUCUCUGGUGUUGGAAGCAUACAUGUUUUAAGACCUUUUCUCUCUGCUGAUCUGUCCCUGUCAGGAUCAGGCUGCUCCGCUUAGAUGACGUCCUAUAAAUCUAGAAUUAGUUUCCAGUUGAAAAGAUGCCUCUGAGGUCUGCCUCAUGUGACGCGUGUGCUGUUUGCUCAUCGGGGCUGAGUUUUCCUUUCUAACAGCAGGCUGAGAUGGAGAACAAAAGAGCAGGAUGCUUCAGUGCAGGUAGCAGCUAAUUACAUGCUGUGCUGCUUCAGAGGGCCAUGGGGCGAGUGAUACUAGCACAAGCUAACGGGAAUGUUGAAAGCCAAAUCAGAGUGUUGUAUGAGUGCACAACAUCAGCAGAGAGUAAAAAAUGAUGAAACGUUUGAUAAAUCUGCAGAACCUGAGGCCAUUUUAUAAACACAAAUGAUUCUGUGCCAGUCUAUCACAGAAUCAUUCAUUGCGUGUGCAAUGAAUGAAAGCCUGCAUUUAUUGGACAGGCUUUCCAUCCUCCUCACUACCGACUGACUUCACACACUUUGAGCAUCUUACUCACAAGCUGCGUUUCCAAGCUGCGUAAAACUUUCAGUAUUCUGUUAAAGUCAAAAACAUACAAUUUUGUGGUGUUUCAGUUAACUAAGAAUGAAUUAAAUGAAGAUCACACCUGAAUAGGUUAAAGAAACCACCUUAUCUUAACACUAAAACCUUUCAUUGUAAAACAGUGCUUUUCUCAAAAUUGCCGUAUUUUCUUUAAGUUAAUUCAGUUCAGAAAUUUCUGAUUGCGCAGCUAUUGGUGAGACUUUAACUAGCUCUGUCUCCACUGACCACAGGAAUUGUGGAAAUUGGAAUUAAGAAAAUAAGUUAGUUUAAUUCUAACAGCAAUUUUGGUGAAGGUCACGUUUUUCAAUAAGAAUGAUGAUCUGUUUUUUUCAACUCUAUCAAUAUUAGUGCAGUCUGCAAAACAGCAGUGGAAACACUUUUUGCAUCACACAACCAGAUGUUACUGCUGGCAGAAAAGAGGAAGUGACAGGUGGAUGAUGGCACGGCAUGAUUUUAAUUGUGUUUCUUAAAUAAUGGAAACACCACAGUUGGGAAAGUGGGUCUUUUCGACAUCAUUGGAAUAUCAACAAGGUUUUGCUCACAUUUGUAAUGGAAACACAGCCAUUGUACCCAGAAGAGUGGCCUUGUGUGUCCUUACCUCUCCGAUCUGCAGAGAGGUUACGCAUCUCGUCCAAAAGGCAUUUUUGUUUUUGAUGUUGGCAUGUUUUGUGCCUUGGUUCCCAACUAUAGGGCCCAAAGACUCAGGUUCUGACAAACAAUUUCUAAAUAGGGGGAAGAUUUAAAUUUUGUUAAUUCCAGUGUGGGCAACAUUUUGUCCAUUUCCUGGGUAACGGGGAAGACCCACUGGUAGCAUAAAUAUGUUUCUCUUAUAUUUGCAUAUCGUCUCCAUCUGUUCCCGUUUUCCUUUGGAUAGACGCUGGACAUGUGAUACACUAUUUAUUUCCUAAUUGUUCUUGUUUAUGCUCCUUUAUUUCCCCUCCAGUUGUUUGUGUUGUGGACUGAGGUUGUGAGGUGACCGACGUGUUGUGUUGUUGCCCACUGUGGGCUGGGUUCCCCCCAAAGUGUUUGUUACUGGUUGUGUCUUCUUAAAAGGCUUUCAAGCAAGCAGAUUAAUCUAUUUUUUUUUUUAAAAAUGUGCAAAAAACAGUCUAAACAUGUCUAAUUGUACUGUUUUGGUUGUGUAAAACUCAUAGAGGAACUGAAAAUUUUAGGAAAUGAAAGAAUUCUGGCCCUAAUAUUCCAUUGUAUUAAUGUCUCAAAAGGCAAAAACUUAUUUUAGAAGUAUUAAUACUUUCACAUGGCACUGUACUGUGUGGAGCCAAGUACACGAGUCAGUAGUAGUCGAUUUCUAUGUCAAGAAAUUAUUGUUUGUAUUUAACUACUUUUUUUUAGUAGUCUUAGCAAAUGAAACUCAACAAAUAGUAUAUUUUUUUGUGUGAUGGAAACAAGACCCUGCCCAGUUGUGGAGCCAUAAGUGUCAUCUGUCAUUUCACUGCUUCAUGUCAAACUAGAGCCUGGUUUGUACAGACGCUAUUAGGGGGGGAAAAAAACCCUGAAUAUUCUUGUUUUUAUUAUAUCUCACUGUUCUGUGCUGUUUCCCUACAGUGAUGGUAGAAAACCUGGUGAAAACUGCUUUGUGGUCUCAGUGGGUCAGUAUUGCCAUGUGCUCUGUGUGUAUAAAAUGUUUUGGGAGGAGCUUAAAAAAUGAACUAGUGAAUUAAUAUGGCUAAAUUCAGACGGUGUGUGGGGAGAUGUAACAGCAGUUACACUUUUGCUUGUUCAUGAUAAGCAGGUUAAGAUUUCUAUUUUUACUCUUUUGAUUUAAAAUGUAAAAAAAAAAAAACUAAACACAUGUCAAAGCUCCUUCAGUGAGACUAACCACACACAGAAAACUAUGCACCUAAAACUCAACAGCAGCUGGAGCCGGAUGUGAACCCAGCUAGCACGACUCGAAUUCAUCCAUGACUCAAUUACUGACUUUUAUUCAUUUACCUUCAGCGAGACAAUCAGUUUCAGUAAAGUCCUUCUAACGGCCUCAGCAAUAUUUUUAGAACACUAGAUAAAAUUUUGAAGCACACACACACGCCACUCAUUUUCCACACGGACAUCAGAUUUUUCUAAAUCAUGUCAGACUGGGUAUGAUCUCCCCCCGCGGGUCCGGGAGAAGAAUUUCACAGCCCGAUGAGGUGACUGGGGUUGAAUACGGUAAGAUUUGUAGGGUCUCGCUUGGCCCUGAAGCUGAACAAUCUCCACCAACAGACAGAACAUAUCUCAAACGCUGCUCAAUAAGUCUUUUAUUUGGUGAUGAAAUGAACUAGGAAAUGUUUUUCUGACGUGAAAUGUGAAAUAAAAGGAGAAUUAAAUACAUAAAAACUGACACUCAUCCUUUGACCAGAUCUGUUAAUCUCAAUUAGACCUUAGUAGCUUUCUGUCUUUGAUUUUCAUUUAUACGACACUGGCAUGUACAUGUGACAGUACGGAAAUUGCCUAAACUAACAGACCUUUUCAGUUCUAAUUGAAACAAGUUGAUUCUGCACAUUGUGGAGGAGCUGACGUUGUUGUCCAGGCAUAUGACCAGUGUGGAAAGUCUUGCUUCAAAAUGAGCCACACCAGUGCGGCAAACAAGACCCAGAUACUCCCGAAGCUCUCCAGAAACUACAACUCUAAAAUUAUUAAUGCCUUACUGAAGACCAUGCAGAUUUCAACCUCACUGAACACCUUCAUCCAGUGUUUUAGGGGGUGCUGGUAAUAUUUGAGCUAAAUGAAGAUUGAUACCACUCUCAUGGUGCUGUGCUAACCACGGCUACACUUUGUGAAACAGUAGCUUUUUAAAACGAUCGGUGUGUUUUCAAAUCAAAUUGACUAAGAAAAGCUACCUCAUAAAAGAAAAGGACAAAUUUGCAACUUGUAUAUGAUAAAAUGGUAAAUGGACUGAACU